GAGGAAACUAGAAUUUUGCGAAUUUUUUCGCCAAUUUUCCGGUUUUUCUGGGCUUGGUUGCUGCUUUCGGGAAAGGCUUGAAAUCGGCGGAGCAAGGUGGUGCCUCGAUGCGCAAUGCGCCAUCAUCAGUCAGUUUGCAGCUGAGGGGUUCGUUCCGUAGCGGAGAGAGCCGGAGAGCGAUGUUGGAGAACGGUGCAUGUUGAUGGUUGUGCUCACUCCGCGCACCGAAUUCGCGAGCUUUUUAUUUUCUUCUCUCCGCCGAACUGCGACCGUGAACUGCGAACAUGUCUGCCUUCAGGUCUCGUGUGAGUUUUUGGUGAGCAGCACCCUUGCUGCUUGUUUCGUCUCGAGCACCAGCAACAGCAGCUUAUUCUCAACGGCCACGAUGGACCAGCCGAGCGUAGAGUCCAUUGAGCCUUGGAAGCGGCCCUACUAGCCUGUUCGACCGACCGACCUGACCAAUGGUUUGAGCACCAUGGCCUCGGACUGUCGAGAGAUCGUCGUUUUGGUGCUCGCCCUUCUCCACCAGUGCGACAGCUACCCCAUCGACUGGACCAAUACUGCAGGUGGAGCUGAAGAAGUAUGGGGCCCAAUUGCAGCAAGUCUGGUCCUUCUUGUGAUGUGCGCGGCGUUGGCCCUUCUUGGCUGCGUCUGCUGCAGGAGAAACAAGUCUCCGCCUUUCCAGCCGAAAAAAGGAUCAGAGAAUCGGCCCGUGGUGAAAAAGGAAUUCACCGACACGACCUCGAACCACAGCCUUUCCACAGCCGGUUUUGUCAACCCGCUGGCGAGUGCGGCUACUCCAGCCUCAGCCUCCUCCGAAUUCACAAUUUUCCCACCGCCGGGAGUGCAGCCGCCCUCUGAUCGCCCGGUGCCCACUGUCCGCUUCGAGCCGCUCCCAGACAUCAGGCCAAGAUUUGCUGUGACGCCGGCUAGUCCAGAACACACUCCUUUGAGACCAGCUGCGUUCAGCAGUGCAGAUCCUAAACUCCCAUUCACAGAAUUAUUUGAUGAACCGAGUUUUCCAAGAGAAAGACUUAAGUACCUGAGAGAGUUGGGCAAGGGUUGGUUUGGAAAGGUGGUGGAAGGUGAGGGUUUUAUGGAUGGCCCUGGAACGACACCUGUGGUGGUCAAGAUACUAAGCGAGGCUGCUCCUGAAGAGGAUAGGAGUUUGUUUCUCAGGGAGGUGGCGGCUUUGCGCACCCUUAGUCACCCCAAUUUGCUGAAGGUUCUCGGGUGCAGCUACGACAACGAGCCACUACUCAUCACCAUGGAGUUUUGUCCUGUGGGUGAUUUGAAGUCCUUCUUGAUAAACCAGCGAAACAAUGCAGCCCAGUUUGAGCAAGAAGGAAAACUACUUAGCAUCAUGUGCCAACUUGCAGCUGGUCUGGAGUUCAUGGCGCAAAAUGGAUUUGUUCACACUGACUUGGCAGCAAGGAAUUGUCAGCUUGCGUCUGACUAUUCGGUUAAAAUAGGAGAUUAUGGAAACAGUAUUGAUAGAUUUAAGGAGGAGUAUUAUUAUGCAGGGGAGAUGGCAUUGCCAAUUAGGUGGUGUGCGCCUGAAACUCUUGUUUGUACGGACUCUAUAAUUGAAACCAAAGAGGUCACAACUUCUGCUAAUGUCUGGACAUUUGGUGUUCUACUUUGGGAAGUCAUUGAAUUUGGAUCACUUCCUUAUGCUACGCUGUCCGACGAAGAAGUCAUUGUCCAAGUGCUUGGUCCCUCUAGACGAAUUUUGCCUCCCCCGUCUCUGAACUUGCCCCACAGUCAAUAUCUUUAUCAUUUGAUGAAGCUCUGCUGGUCGAGUGAUUUGAACCGUCCAAACAUCUCCCAAAUCAAGGGCAUGCUGCACCACCUACUUAGCAACAAGGCGCAGGCUGACAAGACCUUUGAAGAACGAUGGGCCACCUUGAAACCAAAUCACUCUGGUUUGCAGCAAAUCCCAGAGCAGCAGGAGCACAUUGUGGUGAUAGAGCAGCACGACCUCUUCGCAUCUCCGAGCAAAGACUUUCCCAUUGCUGAGAAGCAGCGGUCGCCGAGCUUACAGAACCUGCAUGGCUCCCUGGAUGAUGUCCAGGAGCUGCGCUCAAUUUCGUUGCCUAACAGUAGAGAGGUGUCACCAGUGAAAACAAUCGCAACCAUGAUCAGCUCAACAGGCGAUCUGUUUUCAAGCCAGUCGUCAACUUUGGACGACGAUGACACCAGAAAAAUAUGCGAAGCCAUCCAAGAUUUGGACGACGCUCUUGCUCUAGAGCAGACCUCGUCCUCAGAAUGCAGCUCAAUUGUUUGCACACCAAUCAGGCGUCAUUCAAUCACAGCCAAGCCGGAGGACAUGACUCUGCGCGCCGACUCUGACUCGGAAGAGGAAGAGACGUGGAGAGGCCGAGUGGAAAGGGGCGAGUUUUCUGAAAAGGUGAGACAAAAGUCUCAAAGUGUGCAAGACCUGAUGGUCCUCACACACAUUGACUCGAGCAGCGACGGUGACGACACAGACUACCCAAUUCCCAAACCCCUCAAGUAUGACAUUUUCAAGAGUGAAGGCAACAUUUGUGGUGCUGUUGUCAUCGAAGGCCUGCUCGACUCAUUUAGAAAGUUACGAAAGCUGUCAAAAAUUGAAGACACUGCGUUUGACAGCCUGCAGUAUGAUAGCAUAUCAGCAGUGGCAGUAGACUUCCAGUUAGACGCCCCGACAUCUCCCCCUAGCAAUAAGUUCCUAUCAUCAGAUCUAUCCACCAAGUACCUGAUCUCAGAGGAGAGUGCUGCCAUUUCUUUGGCUGACGUCCAGCUGGAGGCGUUCGACCAACCCUACAGCAUUCUGGACUUCACUGAGGACACCAUUGCAAAAGAAGAAAGCAGUGCUACUGAUUUUGAAGUUCAUCUUGACUCUCAGCAGUGCUCAGAGCAAAAUUUUGACAUGCCCGUGACUUCUUUCCUUGCCACAAAUGAAAAACAACCCAAGCUCAUCGAGACUGAAGAAAAACGUCCACCUGAGCUGAUUGAAGAGAGCGUUUUAGAAGUUCCGAUCGUUGUUACCGAUCUCACUCCAGCAGAAAGCGAGGUGAAGCUGAUAGCUGAAGAAAAUCAGUGUCCAUCUUCUCCCCAUCUGAAUCUGCUGCAGCCUCCUCAAAAGUCCCACAAGUCGAAGCCUCACCACAUCGAGCUGGCGGCCGAGCCUGUCAGCAUGAUUGCGUACGAAGCGACGCAUCCUAAGCACCACCGCAAAAUCAGAGACGUUUCCAAAGAUUUAAACUACCUGCAAAUAACAUCCCACCUUCAGAUCGUCCCUAGCGCUGACACGGCAGGCAUGAUCGCUUUUGACUCGCAUGUCCCACACGUGUCCUUAAACUCCCCCGAAGACCCCAGCACAGAAUUAACGGAGGCCGCAAUCGUGCCCGUGGAGGCGCCAACCCUGCCCAUCAUGCUCAAGGUUGAGCGCAAACCGCUUCCCAGUCCAGAAAAGGAGAAGACGGAUGGCCCACUCAGUACCAUUGCAUUCGAAUAUGUGGCAGACAAGCAGGAGGCGCUCAUAUUGGACGACGUCCAGACCACCUUGGAGCCUCUCUUCAAGCCCAAGCGGUUGGCCGAGCUCUGCGAAGAGACCCUGGUGCUUGAUGUGAAACAGUACGACGAGUCCAGCAUGGAGGCAAUCAUACUGGACGUUGACACAACAACCCUGGCCGCUGAAAUAUGCCUGGAAAACCCAGACCUGGUGCCUCUGACAACGCAGGCUGAGCAGUCAACCGCUCUGAGCAGACUGGACAACUUGCUGAACGAGAGAAUAGACGUUGUUAACAAUUGGUCAACGUCUGCUGACAUUAAAUUUCCCGCUGCUAAAAGGACAGCCGCGGAAUACGAAGGUCUCAAGACUGGUUUGGAGGAAUUUUCCAUCAAGAGAACUACGCCCGACGAUGAACGCAGCAGUGAUUCAGGCUAUAGGGACAAAGUGAGCCUGAGUGAGAGCUGCGAUGGCGAAAACGGUGAAAAGUACAACCUGGAAGACAUUGAGGUGGAGCUGGAGACCUUCGGGCAGCUGGGGACACCGUCAAGCGACAGUGGCUUGGAACGAACACCGCACGAUGACCUGAAAGGUUUCGACACCGGCGACAGUGAGGACAAAAACGAUGAUGACGACGACUUCUGGAAACAGCAAAUGGCCUCACUCAAGAACGCCGCUGGCAAGACAAUGGCGCUCUUCCAUGAGGCUGUUGGCUCUGACUUGUCCCCCUCGGAAGAGGAGAAGGCGUACACCAACUCGUGGUUCAAACGCAGCUUGGAGGACAGUGAAGGCAGUUCCGAAGACAACUACGGCAUGGACGAAGCGAGCGAGGCGGCCAUUCGUAGCGAGUUGCAGCAAAAAUUGCCCAACCUGGGUGGAUGCAGUGACGGCGGUGACGAGGAGGAGGUGCGACAGGAGGACAUUCCUGUGCACUACAACAUUUACCCGGCACCGUUGUCGCCAAUUCUGGAGGAGCAGGAGAGUCUGGCCUCGUCGGGUAGUUGCUCGCCGUCGGUCAGCGUUGCCACCAAGGUUGCCGCGCGUUCCAAAAGCCUCUCCAGUUCGUGCUCCAACAGUCCGGCGCCUGUCGAGACUCCACCUUUGGUGCUCGACCGCUCCGAACACUUCGAAGCGGACAUAAGGGCGGCCAUCGAGUCAUGCUCAAACGGCCCCCAGGCGGGCGAGGAGGACGACAUGCUCUUUGUCAACACCGAGACUAACGAAGCCACCAUGGUGGAGUCGCCGCUCAAGCCAAAAUUGCCUUUUCUCAACUUCGCCAAUGGCCAGCAGGUCUACAGUGGCGGCGCCUCGACUCCUAGUAGUGUUGAAGACCAGUGGGUGGAGGACGAGUAUGAAGAGGAGGCACCUGAGGAGCAUGAGAAGGUGACCACCUUUGGCCGCGUUGAGGAGGGCAAAGAGGAGCCUCCAGAGCCGAUGACCUGGAUUUCGCUUCCGUCAACCAAAGCGCCGAUGCCUUCGCCUGAGGAGGAGCACUCAAAGUUGGUUGGCGCAGAGCUCAACGAGCCGCAGCGCCAGUGCGUCACUCCCGACUGGGAGAGCGACACGGGAAGCGAGGAUUCCUGCUCGAGCGGUGAAUUUGUCUGGAAGGAGGGCGAUAAAGAAACUGAAGUAAAGCCUGUUGUUAGCAAUGAGGUCGAACUUGACGAACAGAAUCAAGCUGUUGAAGCGUCAAAUGUUCAGCAAGCAAUUCAUAGUCCCACCAAGCAAAUUUUGCAGACAUUCGAAACAUUCAACGCCAUGGACGUCAUCGAAGAAGAAGACGAGGAUGAUAGGUCGAGUUGCUCCAGUUCCGAGACUGAAUUCAUCCCAUCAUCCUGGAAUUCUGAAGCCACGCCAAACAGAUCAUCGCUGAGAAGUCCCGAGAGAAAAUCUGAGCUGAAAAAGAAUGUUUCUUUCAAAAAAGAAAAAUACCACCACGUAUAUGAGUAUCCAAGAGAGCCAAGCGACACGGAGGUGGAUGACUCAGUUUUUGCAGACUCUCGCAAACGAUGGGAGACAAGCCAGAAUGCCGUAGACUAUGCCACCUAUGCUGACUGGGAGCUUUAUGACGAUGAUCUCGCAGAGAAUGCUGACAAUGACACCGACCCUGACUCAUCUGAGCACGGGAAAGUGCAGAAACCCUUCAACUUCUAUAAACUCAGCAGCAUCGAGUGUGACUUCAAUAAUGGAGUUAACUCUGAAGAGGGUGACUUCUUUGUCAGCAGCUCAACGCGCCCCUUCCACCUGAACCCCGCUGCGAUCAGCACAAGUCAAUUCUUCCCUGGCAUGAGUGCCACAGAUCCAUCCGAACCUCCCUCUCCUGGGGGCAGCAGUGGCGAGAGCAGCAACACCACCCCACCCUCACCCCUUUCCCCGACAAGCCUGGGAGAGUUGCGGCACACGAGGGACAAACUGAAACUAGACUUGCCAAAUAAGUUCUGCCUGGUGCCACCGUUGAGUCCAAAACUGAACGCUUCUCCGUCGCCAACAAGCGAAGCUGCCGAAACGCAAGCGUAACAAAAGUUCAGCUGAAGCUUAUGAUUUCUUUAGAUUUCUGAGUAAUUUUUUUACGAGAAAGGAAGAAAAACUCUACUAGUGUUUAAAAUCAAGUUCUGUGAUGAUUUGUUGAUUUUAAUGUUUAUUGGCGUGUGAUACCCGUUUCAUUUUGAAUCCAUUUUGGUUUGAAGUUAUCCACAUUGAAAAAAUCGGCGAGUCUCAAGCAACCAUGAAAAGGUGUUAGGCUUUGAUAGCCCUGCCUAUUUUCGGACUCUCACGAUCAUUGAUCAAUCAUACCGGGCCAUCCAAUCUUCAAUUUGCAAUACUCGUAAGUACAGGUCUUAGGAAUUAAGACUGAAUCAUAAAAGACCUUCCAAGUAAUUGAAAA